UGACGUCACACGCUGGUUUCAGCUUCUUUGGGCCGCAGCUCGUAGCCUCGUAUCAGGAGAAGAAGUUAGCUUGUACAAACUACUCUUUUAGCCAUCAGAUCACCAGCUGAAACCGGACGAACAUCUUUAAAAUGGGCAACUGUCAACCAACAAUCGUGCCCUAUGAGGAUUUUGAUGUCGUUGCUGACAUCAAGGCCAUCCGCAAAGCCUGCAAAGGGUUUGGAACUGAUGAGCAGGCCAUCAUUGACAUCUUGGCAGACCGCAGUGCAGAUCAGCGUCAGGAAAUCAAAAACGCAUAUUUUGAAAAGUAUGAUGAUGAGUUGGUGGAUGUGUUGAAGAAGGAGCUGGCAGGGAGCUUUGAGAACGCCGUCCUCGCCAUGUUGGACCUGCCCAUAGUCUUCGCUGUGAAGGAGCUGAGGAAGGCCAUGAAGGGGGCGGGCACUGAUGAAGACACCCUGGUGGAGAUCCUCUGCACGGCCACCAACGCUGACAUCGCCAUGUUCAAGGAAUACUACUUUCAAGUGCAUGAGCGUGAUCUUGAAGCAGAUAUCGAAGGGGAGACCAGCGGGGACGUAAGAAACCUGCUCACAGCUCUAAUGCAGGGCGACAGAGACGAGAGUUACGAGGUGGAUGAGGAGUUGGCCGAGUCGGAUGCUACCUGCCUGUUUGAGGCUGGUGAGGGCUCCUUUGGGACAGAUGAGUCCACUUUCAGCUACGUUCUGGCCUCCAGAAAUUACCUGCAGCUCCAGGCCACCUUCAAGAUAUAUGAGCAGCUUUGUGGAACUGAAAUCCUGGAUGUCAUUGAGAAUGAGACUUCAGGGACACUUAAGAAAUGCUACAAAGCUCUUGUAAGAGUUGCUAAGAACCCUCAGCUCUACUUUGCCAGACGUUUGAACGCUGCGAUGAAAGGAGCGGGCACUGACGAGGACACCCUUAUUCGCAUCAUCGUGGUUCGCUCUGAGUAUGACUUGGAGACCAUCAAAGAAAUGUACCUGGAGAAGUACGAUGUGUCUCUGAAGGACGCCAUAAAGGACGAGUGCGGCGGUGAUUUUAAACGUCUCCUCGUGGCCAUCUGCCACUAAAAGUCUGAGAGUUAGGCAGGGUGGAUUUGGAAAACAGUCAGAGACAACUGUUUAUACUGAGGGCGCGGCUGUUUUCUGUCUAACUAACUAACUCAGUCUGUCCAUGUGACAUUACAGUAUGUAGGGAGCAGGAGGGUGAACGUGAUAGAAUAAUCAGCUAAUGUGUUGUCUAAAAUCUGAGUUACGGUGAAUUUGUGUGGCUCUCUUUUAAACUUUUUCAACAAUCAUUUAUACCGAAAUUGGCAUGAACUCAUCUGUCUGUGUCCGUCAAUUACUGCCCAUUUCUUAGUCAAUUUUUUGCUCCAGUUCACUUUGACCAGCAUUAACAGUCAGUUAAAGUCACUGUAAACAAGCACCAAUGUAUACCUUUCCAGGAGCCAACUGUAGUCACACUGAUGCAAUUACACUACAUUUGAUCAGGUUGUGUAAGGCUUGAUAGAGUGAUCACAUUGUAAACAUGUUUGUACACUGGGAAAAAUCUAAUCUAGCCUCAGCAUUUCUUUCUGCUGCUGCAUUUACUAAUAUAAAAAGACAAUAGUGUUACAUUAUUACCGUUGUUUAAGUAUUAAUCUGCGUUUGAAUCCAAUAUUUCUUUAUUUGUGUUAAUCUAAAACUUUCACCCUCUAUGCCCCAAACUCAGUGACUUAACUGAUGUUACCACUUAUGCAAUCAGUCCAUGUGUUUGUGCUUGUUAAAGAAGAAAUUUGCAGAGGAGAAUAUAUAUUUUAACAGAUGCUUAUUGAAAGAUACAUGUUGCAUUUGUAUUAUCUACAACUAGAAAACACUUGAAAAAUCCAAAUACACCUCACCUUGUUAUGUAUAUUUUUUUUGUAUUUUGCGACUAACAAAUAUAUUAUUUAGUUUACUGUUUUAGGUAGGCCAGAGGUUAUAUGUGAAGAAACCUGUAAGAAGCAUUGAACAUCUGGACAGUCUGUGUCAUUGUGUGUCUAUAUAAGGCAGCUGAGAUCUGUUAAAAUGACCACUAUUGUAAACAUCAACAGGUAGAGUCGUCUGACUAGAGCAGGGGUGUCAAACUCAAUUUCAUCGUGGUCAACAUUAGCAUUAUGGUUGCACACAAAGGGCCAGUUGUAACUUUAAGACUAUAUAAAUAUAUAAUAUAUAUAAAAUAAUGUAUUAUAUUACAUUAUUGAAUCUGCAUUGGAUUAUUAUCGGAUAGGGUAAUAACUUCAUAAUUAACUACGUAUGAAGGCAAAAGUCUAGGGCAAAUAAUUGCAAGUCUCUUCAGUGCGCAUGUCACAAAAUGAGAUGCAUUGUGGGACAUGUAGUUUAUUGGCAACGUGCUUCUGUAUAGCGGCCUGUAACCGUAUAAUAAACUAUAAAUUAUAUUAUUUGCAAGCUCUUGUGGGCCACAUAAAAUGAAGUCUCAGGCCGGAUUUGGCCCCCGGGCCUUGAGUUUGACACCCCUGGACUAGAGAUUGCCCCUCUAUAGCCAAAUAAUUUUAGUAAACGUGCAAAUAAAGUUCCCUGUAACACCAUCAUAUCUGUUUUGUUUGACAUUCAACUGUGUUUGAUACUGUGUUGAUAGAAAAUAUGCAUUAAAACCUGAGGCAACCAA